AUGGGUAUAUUUUCGACCAAACAAGAUACAAUAUUGUGGGAGAUUGCUGUGAUUUUAUUACAUGGAGACUUUUUACAAAACGUCAGGGCCACCGAUUUUGACACAGCACAGCUUAGACUAAAUGUCCAUGACACGAACGAGCACACGCCACAGUUCAUUGGAACACCGUAUAGAGUUGAAGUGUUAGAGAAUAUUCCAAUCAGAUCCUCAGUCUUUCAGGUUUCCGCUGUGGAUGGCGAUAGGAGAGAAAACGGUAGACUUAGGUACGUGCUGCUACAGGGAACACAAAACUUUGAAAUUGAUGAUGUUAGUGGGGUCAUUAAAACACGUGCGAACCUUGACCGAGAAAUUGCAGAUCGUGCGUUGCUUAUGGUGGAGGUCCAUGACCAUGGCACCCCUCCUAAGUCGACUACGGUUAUGGUGUCUGUGCACAUUUUGGAUGAAAAUGACAAUGCACCUGUCUUCUCAAGAGACAGAUUCAUAAGCGCUGUAUCGGAUGGUGUUAGUAUUGGACAGGUAGUGAUGCAGAUCAACGCAGUUGAUGCUGAUGCAGGAAAAAACGCAAAGUUAUCUUACAGGUUUGUCCACUCAAAUAACCCAUCCUGCCAUGAUUUCUCCAUUGAUCCUUUGUCGGGUGUGAUCAGGGUUGCUCAGAAGCUUAAUGACGAAAGGGCUUCGCAUAUACCAGCUUGCAACGUAAAAGUUGUUGCGACUGAUGGAGGUGUGCCCACAUUAUCAUCAACAGCAGAAAUCACAAUAGAAAUUGUGUCCCUUAAUGAUAUUAUUUAG